AUGACCGACGUCGUCAUCGUCGCGACCGCGGAGGACGCGGCCGCGGGCCUCGGGUUCAUCCGAACCUCGCGCGGCGUCCUGAGGUGCAUGCGAUGCCACACGUGUCGGAACCCGGGGCUGAAGAAGCGAUGCGUCAACGCGCCCGCGUUGGACGACGCCGGGGGCUCCGUCGGCGGCGGCAUCGGCGACGACGCGCGCGCGCGCGCGCACGCCGCCGCCGCGCCGAAAUCGACCAAGCCCCGCGGCGGCGGAAACGCCGCGUGGGCGUGGCAGCGCGAGGACGACGGCUCGUGGCGCCGCGCCGCGGCGCUCGCGGAGGAGGAGACCGCGCCGCCGCCGUCCGCCGAGAAGAGCGAAAACCCGCGAACGCCGAGCGCGGCGGACGAGCCCGAACCCGCCGCGCGCGCCGACGCCGGCGCCGGCGAGGAGGAAGACGCGGAAGACGCGGAGGAGAAGCCGGUGCCGGACGAGCGACCGGUCGUCCUCCUCUUCACGACGCCCAGCGGCAGGGCCAACUUGGGCGAGCUCCCGCUCGUGGACGCGCUGACGCAUCCGGACGCGACGUGCUGCGCGCCCGAUCAUCGCUCGUCGUAUCUCGGCGGCGCGCGCGGCGGCGGCGACCUGCUGCGACUCGUGCACGCGACCGCGCAGUCGCUGACGCGGAAGCGACCGUUCGCGUUCACGGCGGGGCUCGGGCUGGACGGCGACGACGACCGCGUCGCCGGCGGCGUGAUGAAUCAGACGCGAAAGACCGCGGCGUUUUCGGCGGCGGCGGACGACGGGUCCCGCCUCCCGGGGCCCGGCGACGGCGCCGCCGCCGAGAGAGAGAUCUACGAGGGCGAGGGCGCGCACGCGUGCGACGAGCCCGGGUGCGGGAAGACGUUCCACUCCGUCGCGAAGCUCCGACGCCAUCAGCUGACGCACGGCGACCGCGCGUAUCGGUGCUCGCUCCCCGGCUGCGACAAGCGCUUCCUGGAUUUCGCCAAGCUCAAGCGGCACUGGUUCUCGCACGAGGGCGCGGACGCGCGGCCGCACCUGUGCCCGCAUCCGGAGUGCGGGCACGCGGCGGCGAACAGAGAACAGUGGAGGGAUCACCAGUUGGAGGCGCACGCGGACGCGGAGCGGAAGCCGCGCGCGGGGUUUUUGUGCGUGUACGCGGGUUGCGGGAAACGCAGCGGCGCGUUGGAGAGGCACGAGGAGCACGUCAGGUCGUGCGUGUACAAGUACUGA